AUGGCACACACCGGUGCAGCAGGUGGCCCGGAGACGUCGUUGCCCCACAGCGGCGACCUGGAGCUGGAGCUGCCGCCGCCGGUGAACUGGCUCCGGCAGGACUCGCUGUACCGCGACGCGACGAGGCCAGCCCACGGCGCCCACCACCACGGAGGGCAGGAGAGCUGGGUGCGGACGCUGCGGCUGGCGUUCCAGUGCGUGGGCAUCAUGUACGCCGACCUCGGCACGUCGCCGCUCUACGUGUACGCCAACACCUUCAAGUACGGCGUCCACCACGAGGACGACGUCCUCGGCGUCCUGUCCAUCAUCAUCUACAGCUUCGCCCUCUUCACCAUGGUCAAGAUCGUCUUCAUCGCGCUCUACGCCAACGACGAGGGUGACGGUGGAACGUUUGCUCUGUACUCGUUGAUCUCUCGCUACGCCAAGAUCUGCCUGAUCCCAAACCAACAGGACGAGGACGAGCUCGUGCUAAGGUACAAGCACCAAGCGAAGCCGUCGGCGACGCGGAGGAGAGCUCAGUGGAUGAAGAACUUCCUGGAGACGAGCAAGGCAGCGAAGAUUUCGCUCUUCUUCCUCACCAUCCUUGCCACCGCGCUGGCCAUCAGCGACUGCAUGCUGAACCCUCCGAUCUCUGUUCUAGCGGCGGUAAAUGGUCUCAAGUUGAAAGCACCUCAUCUCACAAAAGAUGCCGAGGUGUGGAUCACAGUUGGGAUCCUAGUAGCUCUCUUCUCGGUCCAGCGCUUCGGCACCGACAAGAUCGCCUACACGUUUGCGCCGGUCGUCACCGUGUGGCUCCUCCUCAUCGGAGGCAUUGGGGUCUACAACGUCAUCAAGUAUGACAUUGGCACCUUGAGGGCGUUCGACCCCAAGUAUAUCAUCCACUAUUUCCAGAGGAAUAAAAAGAAAGGAUGGGUGUCGCUGGGUGAGAUUCUACUCUGCGUCACAGGCACAGAAGCCCUUUUCGCUGAUCUCGGCUACUUCAGCAUCAGAUCGAUCCAGCUGAGCUCCACCUUCGGCUUGUUACCAUCAGUACUGCUCACCUACAUUGGGCAAGCAGCGUACCUAAGGAAACACAUGGACAUGGACAUAUCUAACGCUUUCUUCAAUUCGGUCCCAAGCUCUUUGUUUUGGCCGGCAUUCAUCCUCGCGCUCAUCGCAUCAGUCAUUGGGAGCCAGGCUAUGAUCUCGUGCGCCUUCGCGACCAUGUCGCAUUUGCAGGCACUUAACUGCUUCCCGCGGGUCAAGAUACUCCGCACAUCGAGGCAUUACUGGGGCCAGAUGUACAUCCCUGAAGUAAACAUCUUCCUCUGCGUAUCUGCUUGCGUGGUGACACUGAGCUUCAGGACAACUGGUUUCAUCGCAAGAGCACACGAAAUCUGCGUGGUCCUUGUGAUGGUCAUCACGACGCUCUUGAUGACAAUAGUGAUGCUCCUCGUAUGGAAGGUAAACAUCUGGUGGAUCGCCAUCUUCUUCGCGGUCUUCAUGUCCACGGAACUGGUCUACACAGGUGCAGUCCUAUACAAGUUCGUCCACGGGCCUUACCUGUCACUGGCCAUGUCAGCGGUUCUCAUGGCGAUCAUGAUCGUGUGGCACUACGUGCUUGUCAAGCGCUACAAAUACGAGCUCGAGCACACUGUGUCGCGGGACAAGGUGAAGGGCAUCCUGGAGCGCCAGGACCUCAAGAGGGUCCCUGGCCUUGGGCUCAUCUACACCGAGCUGGUGCAGGGCAUACCGCCGAUAUUCCCUCACCUCAUAGAGAAGAUCCCUACGGUCCAUUCGGUGGUCGUCUUCAUCACCGUGAAGCAUCUGCCGAUUCCGCACGUCGACGUCUCCGAGCGCUUCCUGUUCCGGCAGGUGGAGCCGAAGCAUCUCAUGGUGUUCCGUUGCGUGGCCCGGUACGGGUAUCUUGACACGCUUGAGAUGGCCAGUGAGUUCGUCAAGAUCUUGGUCGAGUACCUCCAGUACUAUAUCAGGGACAUCAACCUCUAUGCGUUAGGUGACCCGUUGAUGAGGGUUAGCAAUUGUAGCGCUCGUAUCGAUAGCUUCUCUACGGAGAAGCCCUCGGGACGACAUGCCGUCUAUGCCGAGGAAAUGCUCACACCAAUUCAGUCCUUUUCGGAGCUCACGAUGCAUCCAGUCGGCAUCAACAGUGUCCUGACGCAUCUCCAGACAGCAAAACUGAACGUGGAGGAGAUGAUCAAGAUUGAAGAAGACCAAAAGAUGGUGGAACGGGAGGUAGACAAUGGCGUCGUUUAUAUUCUUGGGGAGACUGAAGUGGUAGCCAAGCCUCACUCAAAUUUGUUAAAGAAGAUAAUUGUUAACUAUGUAUACAGCUUCCUAAGGAAAAAUUCAAGGAAUGGUGAGAAGAUGCUAUCUAUUCCACGUGGCCAACUACUAAAGGUUGGAAUAGCAUAUGAGAUCUAG